AUGGCGUUUUCUUUCGAUCACGAGAGCAUCAAGAAAUGGAACCGGGCAAUCACGGCUGUUUCUCGGAUCGGCGAGAAUCUCACGUGGGAGGUGACGUCGGAGGGCCUGAAUUUGUCGGUGAUGAACGCGUCGGGUCUGAGUCACAUGACCAUCAGUUUUUUGCCGGGGUUUUUCAGCCGCUUUGAGAGUCGCCAGCGGCUCACUUUCCGCACCGCCAACAAGGGCAUUUUCAACAUUUCCAAGCGCAUGGAGCAGGACCCGUCGGUCAAGGAGUGUCAUGUGACUGUUCUGGAGGACCACACGGUUUCUGUGCAAUCCGAAUGCGUCAAUCACAUCAAGCGCACCUAUUUUCUGUCCUACGAGCUGCUUCGGUCCGUUCCUGUCAUUCCCGAUGGCGCCUAUACGUCGUCGUUUGCGCUCCAUUCGCGCCGGUUCCGCGAGUUUGUCGAGCAUCUCAAGGGCGAGCAGGUGGAGAUCAAAUGGGAUGCCAUGGACCAGGAGCAUCUUGGCGGGGAAAACACCCAUUAUGCCGUGUCUAUGAAGUCGGUGACGGCUCCAAUCAAGAAUAUUCGCGGCCGGGUUAUUCGCCAGGCGGUCAACAGUCGAUUGAAGAUCUCCGCCAACAUUUUCGACGAUCUCUCGGCCCAUGGAGGCCAGGUGGCCAUGCCCAUGGUGGAUUUGCGGCACUUUUUGAGUCUGUCCGAGUCCCUGUUGGGCACCAUUCUGUGCCAAUUUGGCGACGAAAACACCCCUGCGCGGUUCGAAUUGGUGACCGAGACCCUCAAUGGACCCCAUGAUGUCGAGUGUGUACUCCAUUUCAUGAAUAUGACGUCGGCCGCGACUCUGGCCCGCUCCAAGCGAAAGGUCGCCAGUCGUCAAUUGAGCAGAGACGAGUCGAGAGACGGGUCAGCAGCGGCUGCUCCGGCUAAAAUGCGACGGUUCAGUUCAACCAACAGUUCGGUGGCAGAAACGGUCGAUGAUAACGUCAACGAGGACCAGAUCUACUACGACGACACCGUUCUGUAUCCGGAGACGGCGGAGGUUGGAGCUGAUGCAACUAACGAGGAAAUUGGACCCACUAAUGAGGAAAUUGGAGCCACCAACGACCAAAUCGCCGACGACCAAAUCGCCGACGACAAUCUGGAGAUGGAAGAACCGCUGUUUCUCGAUGACGAUCUGAACGACCCGGAUCCGGUCUCCGAAAUGGGACCCACUCAGACCACCCGAAUGACUGGAAUUCUGGAUUAG